GGCGGAGUUAGGGACACUGAUGCAGUUUCUGCUCGGUGACCAUGGCGGUGUUUCACGACGAGGUGGAGAUCGAGGACUUUCAAUAUGACGAGGACUCGGAGACUUAUUUCUACCCCUGUCCCUGUGGGGAUAACUUCUCCAUCACCAAGGAAGACUUGGAGAAUGGAGAAGACGUGGCAACGUGUCCUAGCUGCUCUCUCAUUAUAAAAGUGAUUUAUGACAAAGAUCAGUUUAUGUCUGGAGAAACAGUCCCAGCACCAUCAACCAACAAAGAGUUAGUUAAAUGCUGAAGAAGCCCUCAGGGACCCACAUCCUGGGCAGCAGGCAAUGACUCCAGGUGAACGGAUCAAGCGCUGAGUGAGCCCCCUCUCCACAGGACAGCUCUCUGGGGCUUGCUCUUCCGUGGGUGGGCAUCAUCAUCAGCUGCUGAAUUCUUCAUAAGAAACGAGCCCGUGACGUCAGCCCUGGAUUUCGUGCUUACACGGCAUUGGAAGGAUUCCUGAUUGUCCAUCUAAAUUUAAAGGAAGAGCCUUAUGAACUGGCACUUUUUCUUUCUCCUGGUUGCACCUUUUGAACAUCUUAAAACUAACUCAUUUUUCUGAAAACAACAUCAUCCACUUCAAUCCUGAGGCUUUUUAUUUUUUUUUAAAGAUUUACUGUUUUAUUUUUAGUGUGUGUGUGUGUGUGUGUUCAUUUGUGUCGGGGCAUGUGUGUGUUGAGUGCAGCUGCUCAGGAAUGCUGGAGGCAUCGGGUCUCCUGGAACAGGAGUCACAAAUGGUUGUGAGCCACCGACAUGGGUGCUGGGACCCAGACUUGGGUCCUUGGAAAGCACUACACGGUCUCAAUCUCUGAGCCAUCUUUGCAGCCUGCAGGCUCCUUAUUUUAAAAGAUUACAUUUUGAUGGAGCUGCGGAGCUGAUUCAGACGAGGCCUUUCUCUGUCAUUUGCUUUGUUGGAAACCUAGGGGAAUCUGUGCCUUUCCUGCUGCUGCGCUCUGGCUCCUUUGGCAGCCAGCCGCCCUGACCUUGCUGUGACUGCAUUGUUGGUGUUCGCAGUCAUUCCUGCUGCUCUUCGUGCACAGAGUUCAGUCACGGUUUCUCUGAGGAGGGCCAAGCUAGAGGGAAAUGGAAAAAGGAACAGCUCCUGAUACUUGGUGCAUCCCUUACGUUAGGACAGGAGGAAAACUGCUGUCAGUGCGAGGCGUGAAGUCUGCCAGCUUGGCAAAUGAAAGUACAUGAAUAAUUGUUCCAGGCUGGGCCUUUAUUUCUGGAGAUGACCGAGGGACCUCAUUACAGAUGGGUUAGGUGUCAUAAGUGACACCUCCACAGCAGAGCGUGAGGGCAUACCUAACAAGCCUGCACAUGAUAAGGAGAAACGAGAAAAACUCUUCCCUCGCUGUGGUCUGAGAGUUUCUGUAAACACAGCUUUGCUGUGAGUGCAUAGACUUGAAAGUGCACUGGUGUCCAGCAGAUUGGGGUGUGGCUCCUGCAACUGAAAAAGCUAGUAGGGACAGGAGAGGUGGCUCAUGGGUUAAGGUCCAGAAGGACCUGUGUUCAGUUCCCAGCACUUGCAUAUUUCACAGCACUCUAGUUCCUGGGGUUCUCAUGCUUUCUUCUGACCUCUGUGGACACCAUGCAUGUGGUACACAGACACAGACAAAACGCCUAUACAACUAAAUAAAAUUCUUUUUUAAAAAGAAAAUAGCCAAUAAAUAUGUUGUACUCACUCAAUGGAGGCUUACAUUAAAAUAUGUAACCAGGUUGUUUUUGUAACCAGUGAGUAAUAUACAGGUCUAGGUAGCCAUUAGGCUGAGGCAGAGUAAGUUAAAAGCUUCCAGAAGUGUGUUGUACAUCUUACGUUACAUUUCUUUGUUUUUUUCAGGUGGGGAGGUGUUGAACCUCGAGCCUUGCACGUGCUGGGCAAGCGCUCUAGUCCUGGUUUGGGUCUCUGGCCAGCACACUUUUAACAGGACAGGAAAUCUUACUGCUCUUUGCUGCUCCCCAAGUGAUCUUAGCAAAGCCACUGCUCAGAUGGACAGAGCAGGGUACUGCUGAGAAUGAGCUACACAGAGACUGUCUUGUGCUCAGAGCAGUGGUUUGGAGAUUCCACUAACAGACUUUCUCUGCUGGGAACACAGUGUAGCAGAACAGAGUCUGAUUUGAGACACCUCAGGAGAGAAAAGCAUGAGCAGACUGCCGGCCAGUGAUUGGUUGAAGUGGGUGUGGUUUUGUCCUUAAAGCAACUGAGCAAGUCUAAAAACUACCAAAGAAAUACCAGCUAUUAGUCCUGUAUUAAACAGAAAAAACUAAGGCCAUUCAGAUAUGACUGGACUCCCAAACAUUUCUGAAGCUCCGUAGGCUUCGCCAGUGCCUACAGAUUUCUCGUCUGUGCGGUUAGGAUAGUCAGGUGAUCACUCAGCCAUCAGUUCUCAUUGCCAGGACUCAAACCUUUAUAAAUUCCAAACCAUCAUGCAUCACAGCCCAUGGAAGCUCCACUCUUCUCCCAUAGCAUUAUACUUGAGAGCUUGAAAAGUUUUAAGUCAAGCCAGGCGGUGGUGGCUCACACCUUUAAUCCCAGCACUCGGGAGGCAGAGGCAGGCAGAUCUCUGUGAGUUUGAGGCCAGCCUGGUCUACAGAGGUAGUUCCAGGACAGGCUACAGAGAAACCUUGUCUUGAAAAAAGCAAAACAAAAAGUUUUAAAUCAGUUUUUCAAAGGAUUCUGCACAUAUGUUUGAAACACAUUCAUAUACAGCCAACAAUUUUUUAGACUUGUAUGUAUUAAUUUAUUAGAAUGACAUAUUGCUAGGCUAAUAAAAUGAGAU